UGUCCCACAAUCCCCUUCUCUUGUUCCUCUCCUCGCUCAAGAUGGCGCUGCUCGCGAUACGUUCUUGGCGUUGGGCAGCCGCGGCGGCUGCUUUCGAAAAGCGCCAGCCUUCAGCGAUUUUGAUCCGGCCUCUAGUUACUGUCCUCGGCUCACAUCCACAGUGGCAGUCACAUCUGCGUGGCGCCUCAGGAACGGCUCGAAACUACCAGGCAUGCAGUGAGAACAUAACCACCUAAAUUGAAUCCCAGCAUUAUUAAGAAAUGCUACAUGGCAAAGAUGGGGAAAAGACAAUUCAAGACAGUUGUUAGAUACUGCAAAGGUUCUCCAGGCAUGGCCACUGAUAGAAAAAAGGACAUGUUGGCAUGGUCACGCAGGAGGAGGACUACAUACAGACCCAAAAGAAGGGUUAAAAGAUGUUGACACUCGGAAAAUUAUAAAAGCAAUGCUUUCUUAUGUCUGGCCCCAAGAUAGGCCAGAUCUACGAGCUAGAGUUGCCAUUUCCUUGGGAUUUUUGGGUGGUGCAAAGGCCAUGAAUAUCAUCGUUCCUUUCAUGUUUAAAUAUGCUGUAGACAGCCUUAACCAGAUGUCGGGAAACAUGCUGAGCAUGAGUGAUGCACCAAAUACAGUUGCAACCAUGGCAACAGCAGUUCUGAUUGGCUAUGGUGUAUCAAGAGCUGGAGCUGCCUUUUUUAAUGAAGUUCGAAAUGCAGUAUUUGGCAAAGUAGCCCAAAAUUCAAUCCGAAGAAUAGCUAAGAAUGUCUUUCUCCAUCUUCACAACCUGGAUCUUGGUUUCCACCUAAGCAGACAGACAGGAGCUUUAUCUAAAGCUAUUGACAGAGGGACAAGAGGUAUCAGUUUCGUCCUGAGUGCUUUGGUGUUUAAUCUUCUCCCUAUCAUGUUUGAGAUGAUGCUUGUCAGUGGUGUUCUGUAUUGCAAAUGCGGUGCCCAGUUUGCAUUGGUAACCCUAGGAACACUUGGUGCAUACACAGCAUUCACAGUUGCAGUCACACGGUGGAGAACUAGGUUUAGAAUAGAAAUGAACAAAGCAGAUAAUGAUGCAGGCAAUGCUGCUAUAGACUCACUGCUGAAUUAUGAAACUGUGAAGUAUUUUAAUAAUGAAAAAUAUGAAGCACAAAGAUAUGAUGGAUUUCUGAAGACAUAUGAGACUGCUUCCCUAAAAAGUACCUCUACUCUGGCUAUGCUGAACUUUGGCCAAAAUGCUAUUUUCAGUAUUGGUUUAACAACUAUAAUGGUGCUUGCCAGUCAGGGAAUUAUGGCAGGUACCCUUACUGUUGGAGACCUAGUAAUGGUGAAUGGACUGCUUUUUCAACUUUCAUUACCACUUAACUUUCUGGGAACUGUAUAUAGAGAAACUAGACAAGCACUCAUAGAUAUGAACACUUUGUUUACUCUACUCAAGGUAGACACCCGAAUUAAAGACAAAGCAUUGUCAUCUCCCCUUCAGAUCUCACCACAGACAGCUACAAUAGCCUUUGAUAAUGUGGAUUUUGAAUACAUUGAAGGACAGAAAGUCCUUAAUGGAUUAUCUUUUGAAGUCCCUGCAGGAAAGAAAGUGGCCAUCGUAGGAGGUAGUGGAUCGGGGAAAAGCACAAUAGUGAGGCUGUUGUUUCGCUUCUAUGAGCCUCAAAAAGGUAGUAUUUACCUUGCUGGUCAAAAUAUACAAGAUGUGAGCCUGGAAAGCCUUCGGAGGGCAGUGGGAGUGGUACCUCAGGAUGCUGUCCUCUUCCAUAAUACUAUUUACUAUAACCUGUUAUAUGGAAACAUCAGUGCUUCGCCUGAAGAAGUGUAUGCAGUGGCAAAAUUAGCUGGAAUUCAUGGUGCAAUUCUUCGAAUGCCACAUGGAUAUGACACCCAAGUAGGGGAACGAGGACUCAAGCUUUCAGGAGGAGAAAAGCAAAGAGUGGCAAUUGCAAGAGCCAUUUUGAAGGACCCUCCAGUCAUUGUCUAUGAUGAAGCCACUUCCUCAUUAGAUUCAAUUACUGAAGAGACUAUUCUUGGUGCCAUGAGGGAUAUGGUCAAACACAGAACUUCUAUUUUCAUUGCACAUAGAUUGUCAACAGUGAUUGAUGCAGAUGAAAUCAUUGUAUUAGACCAGGGUAAAGUAGCUGAACGUGGUACCCACUAUGGUUUGCUUGCUAACUCUGGCAGUAUCUAUUCAGAAAUGUGGCAUACACAGAGUAGCCAUAUGCAGAACCAUGAUAACCCCAAGUGGGAUACAAAAAAAGAAAAUGUGUCCAAAGAGGAGGAAAGGAAGAAACUACAGGAAGAAAUUGUCAACAGUGUGAAAGGCUGUGGAAACUGUUCCUGCUAAUUCAUAGGAAAUGUUUUCCUUUCAUUUUUUGGACUGCACUUCAAGUACAAUUCGAUGAUGAAGCAGAAUUGUUUAAUUAAAACAACAAUCAUACAUUCCCAUUUUUUAUAAUCCUUUAAAUAAUCUAUAAGACUUAUUUAAAGGUUUUGAAUUUAACAUCUUUCAGUCUGUUUAAUGUGGUAUAUGUAUUUAUCCCCAGAUUAUUUUCUUGUUACUGUCCCAGAUAUGCUCAAUGCAUAAUUUUUAUGUUAACAUUUGAGUUUACCUCAUUACCCUUUUUGAGGCCUGACAUCCAUUUCACAUCCAUAACAAGAUAUAUCAGAUUGGUUUCCAAAUUUUUGACUUUAAAACCUUUGUGGUGACAGUUUAGAGAAAAAGUAUCUUUUUCUUAAAAUUAUAGAAAAAGGGCAAUGUAGGUUCUCUGUUUCAUUUCUCUUCUUCCAAUUGAAAUACUUCAUUAAUGUGGAAAAUAGUUAUGACAUCCAUUUAUAGUUUGGUUAUCUUGAUAGAUACCUAUAAUUCAAGUUUUGGAAUUUGGAAUUUCAAGUUUCCAACUGUGUACUGUACAUUUUAAAAGAAAAACUUGAAUUCUCAUGUUUGUGUGUAGAAUAUUAAUCAUUAACAUAAUAACACACCUAGGAACUGGAAUUUCAUUCUCCCAACAAAUGUGGCAAUGUUUUUGUUUUGAACUAAAAUUUAUGCUUUGUUCUUUAAACACUUACAAACCUUAAUAUGAUUUGACAGUUGCUAUACUGGGAGUGAUCGAAAAAGCUUAGGAUAUUAAUAGCCCUUCCUAUUUCCACCCAAAAUGCACUUCUUUUGCUAUCUAAAGUUAUAUGAAUGAACAAAUACAUAGUGUGUUGUGUUACAUGCACAUACAUGUGAAUAAAUCAUUAUCCAUUUAAAAGUUACUAAAUACAUUUGGUAAAUAGGAAAAAACAGAUAUAUAUAUAAAACCAGGACUCUCAAUCUACAUUGACACUUUUAAGUCUAAUAUAACAAGGAGCUCAGACAAUUUAAUCAAGCUUUACUGGGGGAAAAUGUUUUACAUGUUGGAAAUAAUUAUUAAAAUAAUGAUAGAUGUUCACUUAGGAAAUUAUUCUCACCAGGCAUGGUGGCGUCACCUGUAAUCCCAGCACUUGAGAGGCUGAGGCAGACCAGCCUGGGCUGCAUAGUGAGUUCAAGGCCAACCUGAACUACACAGAGAAACUGUCUCAAAAUUUAAAAAAGGAAUGAUGCUAUAUAUAUAUCUGUAGUUCCAACUUCUCAGGAAGCUGAGGCAGGAGGAUCACUUGAGCCCAGGAGUUAAGGCCAGUCUGGGCAACAUAGUAAGAUGCUUCCUCUCAGAAUUUUUAAGAAAAUGUUCCUCUCUUUUCCAGUGUGAAUUUGCCUUGAUUUAUUGGAUAGUAAUCAUUCAGUUUGGAAAACUUGUGUAUCUCACAAAUGGCCACAUAACCAUAUAUAAUGAAAUUUUAUAUCUCAGGUAGGGUCCUAAUGUACUUAUUGGUUUAUGAUUUUAAUGUGUUUUAAAUGAUAAUUUAAUAUCAGAGAGAUUAAUAUGCUUUGUUCUGUGUUGACUUUGGUGAAUAGAUAUCUCAACAUCUAUCAAGACAAUUGGUAAGUAACUUGGGCCACCAGUAUUUCAGUCAGAACUAAGUGAUUUCAGCCAGAGUAAGUACUGUAAAGUUGAAAUUAACAUUGAGAUGCAUAAUGAACUACAAAAAAAGGCUUGGGUUUUUUUUCUUUUACAUUUUUGAUUCUGAAGUAGAUAUUGUUGCUGUUCUGAAAGGGAAAAACAGCAUUUCCUUUGAAUAAAUCAGCUAUAUUACUGGAAAUGUGGUUGCAGCCUAGACAGAAAUUUUGCAUCUCUGUUUUUUCUAUACAUUUCCAGUGAUGCUGAUGGAAAUAAUUUAACUUAAUUGCAUGAAGAUUAAAAUAAUCAUUAGUAAUAAUUCCUUUUGAAGUGUUAAAAGCAGCAUUCAAAGCAAGUUAUUUUGUGAGAUGGGAAACAUUUAGUCCAAGAAGGUAAGAAUGUUUUCAGGAUGUGGAUAAUUUUCCCACUAUGAUUUUUUGGGGCAGGGGUAGAGGGAGAGGAUCUUGCUGUGUAGUUCAGGCUGGCCUUGAACUUGCAGGGAUCCUUCUGCCUCAGUCUCCUAAGUGCUGAGAUUACAAGCAUGUGCCACCCCACCCAGCCACUAAGAUUUUGAAGCUGAUUUAGUUCUGUGUGAUUGCAGGUGGUUCCUAGUCCAUUCUGGUCAUUAACCAGUAUUUUCAGCUCAGAAUAAAUUAAAUUACCUGAAAACACAGUUAUUGUAGGGGUUGUAGCUGAGUCACAAAGGCAUUUAUCUUAAAACCACAUUAUAUUAAGUUAGUUCUAUACAGGGAAAUAAUAGAUUAAGAUGAAAGAAAAGCUUCCUAGGAUGAUUAACUGAUAGGAAAUGCCAAGAAAAAGGGCAUGUAAUUAUAAUGUACUGAUUUUACAUUACAACAAUUACAUACACAAAAGGAUAAUGUGUAUAAAUUUUUAAAUAAGUGUUGCAACAAUGUUGUUAAUGUUUUGAGACUAAUCUACAGUUUUGGAAUUUGAGCUCUGAAAAUUGGGCAAGGUGAUAGGGUUUUAUUUCUUACUGUAGAUUCCUUUAUUUUGAACUCCAAAAAAUUCACUUUCCUCCUAAAGUGAAUCCCAGUUUACAAAAAUUAACAUGAAAUCAAGGUAAUUUGAGAUCACUUUUUAACUGGACCAGGUGCCUUACUGAAGUUUCUUAACAUAGAAAUAUCUUGGUUAGCAGAUGUUUCAAAUUUCAAAAAUUUGAAAAUUUUUGAAGAGCACAAGUCUGAGAGUCACUUGUGAGAAUUAAAGAGAAGCCUUUAGCAUUUGUACAUGAAUGAGCUCAAGAUAGUCAUUUACUUUUCCUCUGCAGGAAUUUACACUUUCAUAUACCUUAAGAUAAGUAUUUUGUCUUUCCCAUCAUUGUGGACAAAGCUCAGUUUGUGAAGAUGGCUGUUUUAAAAAUGUUUUGCUUUAAGGGGCCGAGGAUGUAGCUCAGUGGUUUCACCACCUGCUGCACAAGCGCAAGGACCCGAGUUCAAUCCCCGGUACCAAAAAAAAAAAAAUGUUUUGCUUUAAAGGCAAAAUAUAUAAGUUUUUUGUUUCCUUGUUUCUAAAUCAUUUUGUCUCUAUUGCUAUCUUGCUCCUGUCCUUGCUAUCUUGCUGAAUAUAUGUCAGUGAGUUAUCAACUUUUGCCAGUGUAUAUUCAUAAUUUUCUUUCAUUGGAACGUUAUUACACUAUAUUCUGUUUUGAGUUAGUAGUUGGAAGUAUUUAAAUAUUCUUGCAAUUGUAGUUUUCUUAAAUUAUAAAAAAGUCCAUUGUUUCCCAUCUUUGAGUAUAUACAUUUGUAUAGUAAAUGAUGCUAUUAAGUCAAAUAAGCUGAUUAAAAUUGGUUAAGACAGAACAACUCAGUCAGGGAAGCUCUUACCACAGUUUUAUUGUUUAUGACACAUCUGGAUAAUCAUUACUAAAUAAACAUUAUGUCUUUGUGACUAGAAA